AUGCUCGCGCGCCGCGACGCCCUCCUGAGCGCCGCGCUGAGCGCCGGCGCGCUCGCGCGACCGCGACGCGCGCGCGCGGCGCCGGCGCCGACGUUCGCGCCGACCAGGGACGGCGUGCGGUUCCGCGACGCGCGCGUCGGCGACGGACCCGAGGUGUUCGCGCACGACGCCGUCGUCAUCCUCUUCACCGCGCGCGUCCUGCCGAGCGACGACGGCGCGCUCGAUCGGCGGCGCGCGGGGGACACGUUCGAUCCGUUCGUCGUCGGCGGCGCGGGCGCGAGCGCGUCGAAGGGAUUCAAGCUGGAGAUUGGGAGCGCGACGAAUGACAUUCCGGAGGGCUGGGCGCGCGCGUUCGAGGGCGACGGCGACGCGAUGCCGCGGAUGCGAAUCGGUGGGAAACGAAUCGUGCGGAUACCGCCGAGCUUGGCGUACGGCGAGCGAGGGCAUCACUGUCGAGACGGCGUGCGAGGGGCGUGCGAGGUGAACCCGGGGGAGAGCGUGGAGAUUGACUUUGAGAUUCUUCGGUACACGUGA